AUGAAACAACUGUAAAAUUAUGGAGAAUUUUAUGCUAGCAAUUUCACCAUGUUUAAUUGCCCUGUUGGUUUGUGCAUGGAGAGCCCUGAACUCUUUAUGGUUGAGGCCGAAGAAGCUAGAGAAGUGCCUUAGAGCACAGGGUCUUUCCGGGAAUUCAUACACACCAGUCUAUGGAGAUUUUAAAGAAAUGGUUUCGAUGAUUGAAGAAGCUUAUUCCAAGCCAAUCAAUCUUUCUGAUGAUCUUGUACCCCGAGUUAUACCGAUGGUCACCACAACCAUCAAGAAAUAUGGUAGCAAUUCCUUCAUAUGGCUUGGUCCAUAUCCUGCAGUCAUCAUCCUAGACUCUGAAUCUAUAAGGGAGAUCAUGGUGAAGUAUAAUCUCUUCCAGAAGCCUCACUUUCACCCGCUUGGCAAAUAUCUGAUACAAGGUCUAGUAGCAUCUGAGGGCAAGAUAUGGGCAAAACAUCGAAAGAUAAUCAAUCCUGCUUUCCAUCUAGAGAAGCUCAAGCUGAUGCUACCAGCUUUUCAUUUAUGUGCCACCGAAAUGUUGAGCAAAUGGGAGGAAAGUGUUUCACCAGAAGGAACCUGUGAAUUGGAUGUUUGGCCACACCUGCAGACUUUAACCAGCGAUGCAAUUUCUCGUACAGCAUUUGGUGGUAAUUAUGAGGAAGGAAGAAAGAUCUUUAAGCUUCAAAAAGAACAGGCAGAGCAGGUUAUGACUGCUGUAAAAUCAUUCUAUUUUCCAGGAUCAAGGUUUUUGCCAACUAAGAGGAACAGAAGGAUAAAGGAACUUCAUAAAAAAGUUGGAGCUGCAGUAAGAGAAGUUAUUGAUGAAAGAUUAGAAGCAAUGAAAGCAGGGGAAUCAAGUGAUAACGACUUACUGAGCAUACUAUUGGAGUCUAAUCUUAAAGAGAUUGAACAAAAGGGGGAUAAAAGUUUUGGUUUGAGCAUCAAUGAUGUCAUUGAAGAGUGCAAACUAUUCUAUUUUGCCGGGCAGGAGACAACCUCAUCAUUGCUUGUAUGGACAUUGGUUUUACUGAGCAGGCAUCAGGAGUGGCAAUCCCGGGCUAGGGAAGAGGUUUUGCAAGUUUUCGGGAGAGAUGAGCCAAAUUUCAAUGGCCUUAAUCACCUCAAACUUUUGACAAUGAUCUUGAACGAAGUUUUAAGACUAUACACUCCACUGCCUGUAAUUGAUCGAACAGUUCAGGAGGAAACUAAAGUAGGAAAAUAUACUUUCCCAUCUGGGGUGCGGCUCAUGUUGCCAGUACUCUUACUGCAUUAUGAUGUCGAAAUAUGGGGUGACGAUUCAGAAAAGUUCAAUCCAGACAGAUUUCAUGAAGGAGUAUCAAAUGCGACAAAAGGCCAAGCUUCAUUCUUCCCCUUUGGUUGGGGACCUCGAAUAUGCAUUGGACAAACCUUUGCUAUGAUUGAAGCAAAAUUGGCUAUGGCAAUGAUUCUCCAGCGCUUCUCCUUUGAACUUUCUCCAUCUUAUACUCAUGCUCCUUACACCAUAGUUACAAUUCAACCUCAGCAUGGUGCUCACUUGAUUCUACGCAAAUUAUAGCUUGAAGAACUUGUCAACCCACACUUGAUUGAUUUUUAUGAGUAACGAUAUGCAAUUGCUCUAUCCUUUUUUCCCAAUCCAUACUUCAUUAUCAAUCCUUAUGCCAAUUGUAACAAAAAGUAAUCCAUCAUUUCUUCUUCUUCAGUGGAUGUAAGGAUCAAGAAUAUGAUUCCAGUGGUGAUCCUUCAUUGAUCUUUAUAUUUGUCUGUGUAUCCGUGUUUCAAUAACUGUACAUGUGUGAGACAUUGUGGGAGUACUCUGAACAGUGAUACCUUUACCUGUUACUUGUGGUUAGGUAAUUCUGCAUCACCAUUCUCCAGAAUCUAUUAUUGAGUCAUUGACAAAUGACAAUGUAAACUUCAUCGAUGCGAAUACUUUUCUGUAUUAGUUUUUAAAAGAACUAUUUUGUAUGUGAAAGACCACUAGCUUCCAAAUAGCAAACCAUCUAAUAUUUCCUGAUCUUAAAAAAGAAAAAGUCCGUUUCUCAUGACUCACGGUUAUCCUUGAUGUUGAAGGUUGUUUUUAGUCCCUACAUCACAUUUUUACAAGCUGAACCCUAUUCUCCAUUAAACAAAGCACGUGCAACUUGUACUGAAGAAGGUAUAUUGUUGACCAAUUGUGCCAAUGUGUCAUGAGAUACAGCAGGAAAAAUAUCAGUCACCAAAGAUUUGUUAAUAUUGAGAUAUAAAAGCUGCUCUAGUUGGUAAGUUUGGAGGCUGAUUUCUGUUUCUGAUACUCAAAUCCUCGAACUCUGUGAUCAACCAUGAUAGGUUUAACGUGUUGCACCAGAUGGACCAAUGCUGAUAAAUCCUUCUUCUUGCUAAUGAUCCCUGGCACUGGUACAACUGUCUCAGUACUUUCAAAUUCCAUAUAUGUCAAAGUC